AUGCCUCCAGGGCUCUGGGGAGGGCGUGGCGCCUCUCUCCUCUGUCUGUCCCCAGCCUCAGGUCGCUCGCACCCGGCCAGCCCCAGCCCGCCCGGGCCGCAGGCUAGCCCGGUGCUGCCGGUGAGCUACCGCCUGUCGCACACGCGGCUGGCCUUCUUCUUGCGGGAGGCGCGGCCGCCGCCGCCACCGCCCGCGGCCAACGGCUCCCUGCAGCGCUCCGAGCCCUUCGUGGUGUUCCAGACCAAGGAGCUGCCGGUGCUCAACGUGUCGCUGGGGCCCUUCAGCACGAGCCAGGUGGUGUCGCGGGAGCUCCUGCAGCCGUCCAGCACGCUGGACAUCCCCGAGCGCCUGACGGUCAACUGGAAGGUGCGGGCCUUCAUCGUGCGCGCCCGGGUGCCCGCCUCGCAGCCCGUGGCGCAGGUGCUCUUCUACGUGGCCGGCCGCGACUGGGACGACUUCGGGGUGGCCGAGCGCCUGCCCUGCGUCCGCCUGCACGCCUUUCGCGACGCCCGCGAGGUCAAGAGCUCCUGCCGCCUGGGCGGGGGCCUGGCCACGUGCCUCGUGCGGGCCGAGCUGCCGCUGGCGUGGUUCGGGCCCCCGGCGCCCGCCUCGCCGCCCUCUGCGCGCCGCAAGGCUGCGGACGGGCUGGAGGCCGAGGCGGCCACGGAGAGUCAGCAGGCGGAGCUCUACUACACCCUGCACGCCCCCGACGCCACGGGGGGCUGCGGGGGCGCCCGCCGAGGGCCGGGGGCUGGAGCGGGGGUGCGCGCCGAGAGCCCCACGCAGCACCCGCUGCUGCGCAUCGGGAGCAUCAGCCUGUUCCGCCCGCCGCCCCGGAGGGCCCUGCAGGAGCACAGGCUGGACAGCAACCUGAUGAUCCGCCUGCCCGACCGGCCCCUGAAGCCCGGCGAGGUGCUCAGCAUCCUGCUCUACCUGGCUCCCAACGCCUCCUCGGCCCCCAGCCCCAGCGUGGAGCACUUCACACUCAGGGUAAAGGCCAAGAAGGGUGUGACCCUUCUAGGUACCAAGUCCCGGAGUGGCCAGUGGCACGUGACGUCGGAGCUGCUGACUGGGGCAAAGCACUCGACAGCCACGGUGGAUGUGGCCUGGGCUCAGGGCACGCCCCCGCCCCCCUGGGAGGGCCAGGGACCCCUGGAGAUCCUGCAGCUGGACUUUGAGAUGGAAAACUUCACCAGCCAGUCAGUGAAGCGCAGGAUCAUGUGGCACAUCGACUACCGCGGCCACAGCGCCCUGCCCGAGCUGGAGCGGGCAGUCACUGAGCUCACGGUCAUCCAGCGGGACGUGCAGGCCAUCCUGCCCCUGGCCAUGGACACAGAGAUCAUCAACACGGCCAUCCUGACUGGCCGCACCGUGGCCAUCCCCGUCAAGGUCAUCGCCAUUGAAGUGACGGGCCUCGUGCUGGAUGUCUCUGGCCUGGUGGAAUGCGAGUCUGACAAUGAGGACAUCAUCAAGGUGUCCAGCAGCUGCGACUACGUGUUUGUGAGCGGCAAGGAGUCCCGGGGGUCCAUGAACGCCAGGGUCACCUUCCGCUACGACGUGCUGCACGCCCCCUUGGAAAUGACCGUCUGGGUCCCCAAGCUGCCCCUGCACAUUGAGCUCUCAGAUGCCCGCCUCAGCCAAGUGAAGGGCUGGAGGGUGCCCAUCCUCCCCGACCGCAGGUCAGCCCGGGAGAGUGAAGAUGAGGAUGAGGAAGAGGAAGAGCGACGGCAGAGCGCGAGCCGCGGCUGCACCCUGCAGUACCAGCACGCCACCCUGCAGGUCUUCACCCAGUUCCAUACCACGUCAGCCGAGGGCACCGACCAGGUGGUCAGCAUGUUGGGCCCAGACUGGCUGGUGGAGGUCACUGACCUGGUCAGUGACUUCAUGCGCGUAGGUGACCCCAGAGUGGCACACAUGGUGGACAGCAGCACGCUGGCAGGCCUGGAGCCGGGCACCACCCCCUUCAAGGUGGUGUCCCCGCUGACAGAGGCCGUGCUGGGGGAGACGCUGCUGACGGUGACAGAGGAGAAGGUCAGCAUCACACAGCUGCAGGCCCAGGUGGUGGCCAGCCUGGCCCUGUCCCUGCGGCCCAGCCCCGGGAGCAGCCACACCAUCCUGGCCACCACAGCCGCCCAGCAGACCCUCAGCUUCCUCAAGCAGGAAGCCCUCCUGAGCCUCUGGCUCUCCUACAGUGACGGCACCACAGCCCCACUCUCCCUCUACAGCCCCCGGGACUACGGGCUGCUGGUGAGCAGCCUGGACGAGCGCGUGGCCACCGUGACCCAGGACCGCGCCUUCCCCCUGGUGGUGGCCGAGGCAGAGGGGGCCGGGGAGCUGCUGCGGGUGGAGCUGAGCAUCGCCGAGAGCUGCCAGAAAACCAAGCGCAAGAGCGUGCUGGCCACAACCCCCGUGGGCCUGCGAGUGCACUUUGGGCGGGACGAGGAGGACCCCACUUAUGACUACCCGGGCCCCAGCCAGCCGGGGCCGGGUGGGGGCGAGGAUGAGGCCCGGGGUGCCGGCCCACCGGGCACCGCGCUCCCCGGCCCCGAGGCCCCGGGCCUGGGCCCCAGCAGCCCCGCGGCACCACCCACCGAGGACUUCUUGCCGCUGCCUACCGGCUUCCUACAGAUGCCGCGGGGGCUGACGGACCUGGAGAUCGGCAUGUACGCGCUGCUGGGCGUCUUCUGCCUUGCCAUCCUUGUCUUCCUCAUCAACUGCAUCGUCUUCGUGCUGCGUUACCGCCACAAGCGUAUCCCGCCCGAGGGCCAGACCAGCAUGGACCACUCGCACCACUGGGUGUUUCUGGGCAACGGGCAGCCGCUGCGCGUGCAGGGGGAGCUCUCACCGCCCGCCGGCAACCCGCUGGAGACCGUGCCCGCCUGCUGCCACGGCGACCACCACAGCAGCGGCAGCUCGCAGACCAGCGUCCAGAGCCAGGUGCACGGGCGCGGGGAUGGUUCCUCGGGUGGCUCGGCCCGGGACCAGGCCGAGGACCCCGCCAGCUCGCCGACCUCCAAGCGCAAGCGGGUCAAGUUCACCACCUUCACCACGCUGCCCUCCGAGGAGCUGGCCUAUGACUCAGUGCCUGCCGGCGAAGAGGACGAGGAGGAUGAAGAGGACCUGGGUUGGGGCUGCCCGGAUGUGGCGGGCACCACGAGGCCCACUGCAACCCCGGACCUGCACAAUUACAUGCGCAGAAUCAAAGAGAUUGCAUAG